AUGAAGAUUGACUGGGCAAGCUACGGCACCACUACAAAUCGACAGUUUUGGGAUCACGAGUGGAGCAAACACGGCAGGGAUUCGGGGCUUCAGCCGUCGGCGUACUUCGAACUGGGACUCACCCUCUUCCACAGAGUGGAUCUUGGAACUCAUCUGAAGUCGGAAGGAGUGUACCCGACAGGGCAGACAGUGGAACAUAAAAAAUUCGCGGCGGCGGUCUCGAAGGCGGCGGGUGGGAAGACUGUGGUACUGCUGUGCAACAAGGACAAGGAGGGCGUGGUGCAGCUCUUCGAGAUCGAUAUCUGCCUGGACCAUUCCACUUCUGCGAAUGCCUACGUGAAUUGCGAGGGCAUGAAGUCUAGCUGCCCCGACCAGUUUCGUUUGCCGAAAGCAAUUUGUAAUUCUGUUAUUAGCAAUUCUCUGCUGCUGCUCUCCGUGGUUUUCUUCGCAGAACUUUCUUCAAUCGAGAGCAAGAUUAAAGAAAUUCUUCUCUCAUGGCUUCGUAUGCAACCUCCAUUGACACUUGUUCUCCUGUUAAUUCUGCUGUUGAUCUGA